GCGGCUGUUUUGCAUCACUCGCGGAGAGGAGGCCCAAGCGGCGGGCACUGUGAAUCAGCAAGGCCCCGCGUCCGACCACGAAGCGCCCGCUUUUUUUAGCAGGGCAAGUAUUCCUCUAAGGCCCACCAAGCGGCCACCGCCAACAAGACCCGCAUCGACCAACUAGCCGCUGUACACAAUAAACACGCUCCACACCCCGGCCAAGGUCCUCUGCUUGCCCUGCUCUCCUUCACCGACCAGCCUUCCACACCUCCCGCAGAGGCAGGCCACCACAGCACGCUUUCGCUCCCUCCUACACCAACAACACAGUCACUCGUUGCGCACUGGAUCUAGCUCCCACCAUGGCCACCACGGACUCAAAGCCGGCCUUGUCGGCCCUCAAGACGCCUGUGUCUGCCACCUACCCCUCUGAACUGCGGUCUCCAAUGGUUUUCUCUGCGACAACUCCUACUUUCGCAAGUCUCAAGAGGGAAGACGCGAUCAAGACACCUAUUACCCCGCCGACUGCCUACCUGGACUUUCUCAAGACACUUUCGCCUGUCCUCAUGAGCCCAAUGUCCACUGGCACCAGCGAGAAGUUUGUUUUCCACGGCAACAGACCAACCUCCAUGGCUUCAGUGACUUCAUCAGCGUCCAGUGGUUCAUUCACCAUUACGUCCGGCCCGGCAGACAAGGACAAAUCCAUCACCUCAACACCAGCGACCUCGAGAGCAAGCAGCUGUAGCAAUUGUGACCACAUCAAACAGGAGCCUAAGGAGUCGAUCAAGGAGACUCCUAUGACUGCGCCGCUACCCAAGGAGCAGCCGAAGGAGCAGACAGUCACUAUUCCUCCUCCAUCACCUUUCAGACGACCUUCGUCAGCGCGCACCCCCCGCCUCUACAUUCCACAGUCACCCUAUCACUCACCCGCAACCGUGCUUUCACCGGCCAGUGCGAACUCUGCAAAAUCCACGAACUCGCCAUACUCAGCAGUCUCACCGCGGACUUGGGAGGUCGAGAAGAAGACGGGCCGUACAAGACGCGUCAGCGUACGAGAAGUUGUUACGCGCACCGUGACCUACAGCAGCACACCAGUGGACACCAAGGCGCCCAGCUUCCCCCAGAUCGACCCCGCACCGCGCGGCAAGAGAAGAAAACUCGAGUAAACAAAGGACGCGACGCUAGUUUCGCAACCCGCGAGCUUGGUGGUUACCCAACCGCCGCCCAGACCUCGUGUACCACUUGACGACCUCA